AUGGAUAUCAACACCUUAGCUGGCAUCAUUGGUGGUAUAAGUAAUAUGAUGCAAAAUAAUGUCGAAACGAUUGAUGUGCCAUCUUCACAGAUCAUGGGUCGAUGGUAUCAGGUAUACAAAGCAGCGAUAAGUUUUGAUGUGUACAGGACAGACAUGUUUUGUCCAGUUGCAUAUUUCAAGCCGAAUUCGGUAAUGGGCGAGGACGGGUUUUCGAUUGAAGAAGCUUAUCGAGUGAUAACAAAAAAUGGUCCAAUUGAGACUUACAAAAGAGAUCUGAAUAAAGUUGGUGUUGGACAAUACUGGAUGUAUACUGAAGAAUAUUUUUAUCCUCGACAAUUUAAUAUAAUCAACGUCGGCCCAAAUUAUACAAGUACUAUAGACGGAAAAGAAAAUGAAGAACUAUAUCAGUAUAUGGUUGUAACUGAUGCAAACAGGCUAUCGUUGAGCGUGUAUGCCCGCCAUCCAAUGAUAUUUUAUCAGAAAUAUAACGAAGAAGUUGUGAAAUUUCUUGAGCAUGCUGGAUUCGGUGGAAAAGUUUUUUGGAAUUCUCCAAGACCUAUUUAUCAGGGUGCCGAUUGUGAAUGGCCAUCGGAAAAAGAAGUAUUUGCAAGACGGGUCUUGAAAAAUCAGGAAGCAGCGAAAAACACCGAAUUGGAAACAGCGACUAAAUUCGGGUUAUUUGGUUCCUCGUUUGCAACGGAUGGCCGAAGUCCAAUUAGUGAAAUGCUUCAGAAUCCGCAGCUGGCAUUACAGAAACUAGUGCAAGGGCACUGA